AUGGUCGCAACCAUGGACGCAGACAUCGAUAGCAAUUAUGAGAUGAAAGAUCUUCAACAUGCGCUGCGAAACGCAAACUUAGAACUCAGCCUUGAAAGGAGUAAGCAUUCGGUCGAGAUUGUAGCCAAGGAUGAGGAAAUUCGGAAGUUGCGGGUCGCCCAGUGCCUCCUGCAGGAUGAGAAUAGCGACCUCCACGAACAACUCGAGGAAGAGCAAGGCCGUGCAGACGAACUGGACAACGCCCUCGAUGAUGCUCUCGCACAGCUGGAUGAGCAACGGGCCGAGGGCGAAGCUGCACAAAACACAAUCCGCACCCAAGCGCGGGAGAUCGCGAAUCUCAAGGCCGAACUGAAAGCCAUGGAGAACGUAACCUCCGACUCCAACAAGAUCCUCUCCGACAAACUCGCCCUAUCUCGCGAAAUCUCAUCACUGCGCCCUGAAGUCGAACACCUACGCGCCCAAGUCGAAUCAAACACAGGCCUGCUCACCGAGAAGCUGGCCCUGCAACGUCAGCUGACCACACUCCAAGCCGAGCUCGACAACGAGAAGCGCACCGCUGCACGUGCGCUGGCGAAGCAAGGCAAGAAGAUGGAACAAGACGAGGAGUUGCGUGGCGAGUUGGAGGAGGUGCGCCAGGAACUCGCCACCGAGAAGAAGGAACGCAUGAAGGCGGAGGCUGGGCUCGCAAAGGCUGAAAAGGCAAUGGAGAAGGUGCAUGCUGAUCUGGAGUCGCAACAAAAGUCAACGGAACAACUACAGGCCAAGGUCGAGAAGUUGUCAAAGAAGGAAGCCAGCAAGGCCAGCAAGCGUGAUGAAGCUCAUGACGCCGCGAUUGAAGAGCUGCGUCAGGAGUUGGACCAAGAGAGGACUGCACGUUUGCAAGCAGAGAAGGCUAGCAAGAAUACCAGAGACCGUGAUGCCGAGAUUGAACAACUACGUCAAGAACUGGAGCAGGAGAAGCGCGAGCGUCGAAAGACUGAGAAGACGUCCAAGCAGGGCUCUCAAUCGACAGACACCCAGGUUGAGGCUGUACGGAAAGAACUCGAAGAAGAGAAACGUGAGCGUAAGAAGCAAGAGAAGGAGUUCAACAAGACACUGGCAGAGCUUCAGGGUCGAAACACUGUCCUUGAUGACAAGCUAAGUGCUUUCCGUGAAAAGCUACGGACAACCAAGGAGAAGCUCAAGGAGAAGGAGGCUGAGCUCGAAAGAGCAGAGAGGGCGCAGACGGCACCACCCGCUAAGAGCAAGCCGACAGUUGCCGCCAAAGCCGCCGUAAAGAAUGCACGGAAACGUGUGGCUGCUACUGCCGAACCCGAGACGAUGUUGGGUACGCCAGGAGACGGCUUCCCUGCGAAGAAGGCUAAGCGCGGAACCUCAGUGUCUGCAGUUGGCGACACGUCGACCUUUUCUUUGACACCAUUCCUCAACCGUGCUGGUAAUGUAACAGCUGCCAGCCCCAUUGUUGAGGAAGACGAAGCAGAAGAUGACGAUGCGGAGGAAGAGGCUGUCCAGGAGCAAGCCACUCCUACAGCACCGCCCAAGAAGGCCUCAAAGACUAUUCAGCCGAAGGUCAAAGCUCUGGCUCCAGCUGCGUCGAACAAGGCCAAUGCAAAGCCUCGUAAGAAGAACCCUGCUCCUGCCCUGGAAAUGGUCACGGAGGAGGUUUCUGAAAUCUCACACAACACAACUAAAGAAGAGUCUGAAAACGCACCUGUGUCUAUUCCGCUCAAGGACAACGACGGGCCCUCGAAGAAGAGCACUAAGAUCAAGCCUCGCAAGUCUCUCAUGUCGUUUGCCACGUUUGCCGAGGAGCCAGCAGCGGAAAAGAAGAAGAAGCGUAAGCUCGGCGCCAGUGCUGGCAAGACACUAUUCGACGCCGAGGAUGGCGAAGAUGCUGCGCCUUUGAAGCCUGUGGGCAUCAGCAAAGGUCUGUUUGCAGCGCGCGCAUUGGGCAAGAGCGUGUUGGGCAAACAGGGUCAGCAACGACCUAUUUCUGGUGGGUUUAACAUGAUGAGUGAAGAAGCGUUUACGUUUUCGCCGCUCAAGAAGGAUCGGAGGGGAGCGAGUAUUCUUAAGUAA